AUGAAUGAACGAGGGAUGCUUGUGGAUCCGAGACUUGACGCAUUCUUUAAAAUGGAACAAGUCGACGACUACAAAUAUGAUGGAGGCUAUUUUUCAGUUGGCACGUCACCACCCUCAACUUCAAAUGGAAUACAGGAUACAUCGAAUGGAGGUCGAUUGAUAUGUGAUGUUUGUGGGGAUGUGGCAUUUGGAAAGCAUUAUGGAAUAAAUGCAUGUAAUGGGUGUAAAGGAUUUUUCAGAAGAAGUGUUUGGUCUCGAAGACAAUAUUCAUGUCGUUUUGGAGGCGACUGCCCUGUUGUGAAAGAACAUCGAAAUGUAUGUAGAUCUUGUCGAUUGAAAAAAUGUUUUGAAGUUGGAAUGAAUCCAGAUUCAGUUCAAAACGAAAGGGAUCGAAAUGCGAAGAAUGGAAUGGGAAUGGGAUCAUUACAAUCGCCGAUCCAGAACUCUGCUUCAUGUAAAGAAUUGACUAUUUCAAAUGGACAAAUUAAGAGAAAACGAAUGAGACCGGAGACUAUUGACAAGACGACACAGACGGACGGAAAAAUGGAGACCCAAGAUGACUAUGAAUUCUUCGAAAUCAGUCAAGAGAAUCCAACACCGCCAGGAUUGUUACCUGUGAAAGUGGAGAGAAUAUCAACUCCUCCAUCUGAUUUACCAGUUCCAACAGAUGGGGCAAUUGGCUCGGCUGUUUUGGAAAUUGAGAAAGCUGUGUUUUGUAAUUGUCCAGUGGCUGUUGAUAACUCAAUUAAUGCAACUAAAACUCCAAUAACUUUACCUUUUGAGUACGUGUUCCGUCAACCUGAACUCGUCUGUAAUCGUUAUCCAAUGCGUUUUGCGAACACUCGAGUUCUGACUCCAGAAGAUUUAAUCGAUGGAUGGCGUCGUCAUUUCACAUAUUACUCAGAUUGGUGUCAUGCAAUGGAAGAGUUUCGUGCCCUGUGUGCAGAGGAUCAAAUCCUGUUGGCAAAGAAGAAAAUUAUACUUCACGGAUGGCUUGUUCAUGCUUAUUAUUCAUAUCGAAGUGGCUGUAAUGGUAUUUGUUUCGCUAAUGGAGCUGCACAUCUUGCUGAAGGAGGGCAUCCAAGCAUCACUGAAUUCUACAAAGAGUGUAUGCCUCGAUACCUGAAUUACGUCAUUUAUCCAAUGCAUAAUUUCCAAAUGGAUGAUACUGAAAUGGUUCUUGUCAAGUGUAUAAUGUUCUUUUCAAACGAAUCUGGACUGAGUCCUGCUGGCAAGUCAAUUGUUUCAGCAGCUCGUGAAAAGUAUUUAUCUGCUUUAUACAAUUACGGAAGAUCUUUGAAAUGUACUACAUCUGCUCAGGCAACUCUUCGAAUUGCUAAAUUUAUGAUUAUGUUAUCAGCAAUUACUAGUUUGACCCAUUUGAUGAACGAAGGAGUCCACGUAACUUCACUUUUCAAUAUUAUUGAAUUCGAUGAAUUGAUCCAAGCAACUCAUAAAACUACGCCUCCACAACAUUCUCCUCCGCCUCCAAUGUCGUAA